CUUCCUGCGCGCAGGGAGCGCGGUCCGGGCGGCCGGUGGGGGAGACGCGGUCGCGAGUGGUAGGGAGAGUCCGCACCAGAGAGGUGGAAGAGGACGGGAUUUAGGCUGGAGCAGCCUUAGAGGAGCCAUUUCCAGUAGGAUGGCUGGUUUGGUUUUGUGUGAACCAACAGAGCUUUACAACAUCUUGAAUCAGGUCACAAAACUAUCCCGACUGACUGAACCCAACUAUCUCUGCUUACUGGAUGUGCGUUCCAAAUGGGAGUAUGACGAAAGCCAUGUGAUUACAGCCCGUCGAGUGAAGAAGAGGGCAAAUGAGUAUCUUAUCCCGGAGUCUGUGGAUCUGGAGUGCGUGAAAUACUGUGUGGUGUAUGAUAACAACACCAGCACCCUGGAGAUCAUCUUAAGAGGGGACAACAAGGAGGACGAGGAUGACAGUUCUGACGAUAGCAGACAAGAGCUGGUGCCCGGAGCUGCCGUGGAGUGUGGCAGAGUGCUGGCCCACUUCACCCGCCACCCCGUCUGCGUCCUGAAAGGAGGCUACGAGCGCUUCUCAGCCAUGUACCACUUCCUCCGGACGCAGAAGAUCAUCUGGAUGCUGCAGGAACUGGAUGCCUUUCAGCCCUAUCCUGCUGAAAUAAUACCAGGCAAGAUCUACCUGGGCAAUUUCAGGCAAGCCUGUGACCCCAAAAUUCAGAAGGAUUUGAAAAUCAAAGCACAUGUCAAUGUCUCCAUGGAGAAGGGGCCGUUUUUCAUAGACGACAAGGACAAACUUCUGCACAUCAAGAUCGAAGAUUCCCCGGAAGCCAACAUUUCCCCCUUUUUACGGCACCUCUGUCACUUCCUUGAAAUUCACCUCCAGCUUGGCUCGGUCAUCCUGGUCUUUUCCACCUUGGGCAUCAGUCGCAGCUGUGCAGCCAUCCUGGCCUUCCUCAUGCACUGGAAUGAGCAGACCUUGAAGAAGUCCUGGGCCUAUGUCAAGAAGUGCAAAAACAACGUGCAUCCUAAUCGUGGCUUGGUGGCUCAGCUGUCGGAGUGGGAGAAGGUCGUCCUCGGAGACUCUGUCACAGACAUCUUGGAUCCACUGUACUGAUCCCUGUGGUCCAGCUCUGGGUCCUGAAGAACCUCUCUUGGGAGCCUCUUGUGGGUAGUGGGCCAGGCUGUGUAACCAGGUUGGUGUGGAAAGAGGCCUUUGCUCCCUGGAGUCCUGUGUCAGCUUCUGUGGUGGUUCUUCUCGGGCUCCUCGUUCACCUGGACCCUUUGGACGUUGGCUGGGAGGAGCUCCUAGGGUCCCCCCUGCCCUGUGUUUGUCCACGGGGGUGUCACAAUGCCCACCCAUGGGUAGAGAUCCGCCAGGCCCAGCCUUGGCCCAAGUGCCAGGCUCCACAGCUCUGAAAGGCUCCUGGCACAAGUACAUCUCAUCCCGGGCCCCAGCACUCCCCACCACUCUGCCGGUUGAUGACUUGUUCAGAUUUCCUUUCCUUCCUCCCCACUCAUUUCCUCCUGGCUGGGUUCCCCAAGAAGAGAUUCCCACCCGUCCUAUCUCCUACACCCAUGUUUUUAUAAAUUCUGAACGUACUUCUGAGCUCUGGCAGCACCCACAGCACCAGUCAGGAGAGGGCAGAGGAUGGGACUGACAGGGAAUUUAGGGUGUUCGUGUCUUUCAGCAGACAUUCCCUGCCACCUGCGUGCUGCUGGGGAGGGACAUAGAGGUGAAGGCCAUCUCACCCCCCAGGACUCUUUGCAGAAGGGUAGAGUUCCCCCUCCCCCUAACGCAAGCCCAAGCCCUCAAGGAGUGGGGUUUUGCUCUAAGGAUAAGGGCUUUCUGGUCAGCGCAGGCUUGGGGUCAGUUAGGAUAGGAGGUGGAACAGAGAGAUUGGGAAGGCUGCAGGCAGUGACUCUGUGGGUUAGGGACCUCCUGGUGGGAAGGGUAGAGCCACUGGAAAGUUUCCGUCAGGUACAUGGUGGGGAUUAGGCUUGUGCAUUAGGACUGGCAGUCUGGAUGGCUGUGAAAGAACAGUAGCGGUGAGUAGGGAGGGAGGCAGGGAGACGGUAAAGUGGCCGCUGUAAAAAUCCAUCCAAGAAAAGAGGCUCUGAAUCCUCUCCCUGCAGAGGCUCAGCUUUCCCAAGGACGAGAGUGUUCGAGGCAGGGGUCACCUCCGUGGGCCUCGGUUUACUGCCAGCAUGACGGGGCGGAGCUCUGUGGGCCCUACCGCGCGGUUGGCACGACCGGCGGAGCCCCUGCAGGGAAGCACCGCCGCGCCAGCCCCAGGCCCGCCGAGCGCCGC